GGGAUCUCCACCGUGAUGCAUUCGGGGUGAUGCAUGGGAGGUGGAUUUGGGGAAGGACAUGACCACGAUGCAUUCGGGGUGGUGCAGUGGAUCAAUUAGUAUGAUUAUUAUAUAUGAUCUACUCUACACAUGUGUCUCCUGAGCUGGCUCGUUGGAUCUACCGCUGGGCACCCAAAGCGGUGCCUUAUCUUGCGCGUGCUGGGGCAAGAUCUCAUGUCAUGUUGCAGAUUUUGUCGGCGGUGACUGGAGCAAAGGUUGCUGAACUUCGAGAGGAGGAGUUUGGGCCGAUCUUGCAGAGCGAGAAGCCUGUGAGGGCACUCAAGCAACUCCUGGCAGCUCAAAUCGGGUGUUCAAGGUUUCAACUGAGACUAAUUGAAAUGCAGAUGGGCGAGUUGAAUGAUCAGGAUCCCUUGACAGUCUUGACAGCAGAUGCAGAGAUGAUGAUCCCUAUGAGCUUGCAGCUCCUUGUCUUGGAUUUACAUUCUUCCGAUGCAGCCAAUGAAGCAUUCAUUUCAGCUUGUCGGGAGAACCGCUUGACCCAAGUGGAAGAGAUGCUCCAGUCCCCUCAAGAUCCGAACGUGAUAGAUACUACACAGGGCAGCAGUAUACCGAUGCAUGCAGCCGCCGAAAACGGGCACUUGAAGGUGGUCCAAAUGUUGAUAGAAGCUGGUGCAGAAACGACUGCAGUGGCACCAGACGGGGCAACAGCUUUGCAUAUGGCAGCUGGGAAUGGCCACUUGGAAGUGGUGCAAAGUCUGCUAGAGGCGGGCAGUGAAAAGAACGCUGUGGCAACAAAUGGCACAACAGCUUUGCACUGGGCAGCUGAGAAUGGCCACUUGGAAGUGGUCCAAAUGCUGAUUGAAGCUGGUGCAGAAAAGAAUGCUGCCACAUCAAGUGGGGCAACAGCUUUGCACAUGGCAGCUUGGAUUGGCCACUUGGAAGUGGUUCAACUGCUGAUUGAAGCUGGCGCAGAGAAGAAUGCUGCUGCAUCAGGUGCCACAACAGCUUUACACAUGGCAGUUGGGAAUGGCCACUCCGCAGUGGUGCGAAGUCUGCUAGAGGCGGGUGCUGAAAAGAAUGCUGCCUUGCAAUUGGGAGCGACAUCUUUGCACUUGGCAGCUCUCACUGGCCACGUGGAACUGGUGCAAAGUCUACUCGAUGCUGGAGCUGAAAAGAAUGCCGCGGAUCAACAUGGCUCAACAGCUUUGCACUUGGCAGCCCUCGGUGGCCACUUGGAAGCGGUGCAAAGUCUACUUGCGGCUCGCGCCGAAAAGAAUGCUGUGGAUGAAGAUGGUGCAACAGCUUUGCGCUGGGCAAUCCAACGUGGCCACAUUGAGGUGGUGCGAAGCUUGCUUGAGGCAGAUGCAGACAUUCUGGGGCCUGGCAGGCCUGGGGCCACCGGCGUUGGUGGCACGGACCCUGUGGAUUUGGCCAUACACCAUGAACAUCAUGAACUUGCUGCCCUGUUGGAAGGAUGGCGAUCCGCUGCAUCAUGGAAUCAGUGAAGGAACAAAAGCACAAGCAUGCACACCAGUCGUCACGAAGGUCUCGGAAUCGG